GCCAAUUUACCGCAAGCGGCAAAAGCUACUAACAGAAAUAUAAAAAAAAGCCAAAAAUAUAGUGAAGAACAAAUCCGACAUGGGUCUUACUAAUAUAAUAGCUGGUUUAGAAAUAGGUUUGUUCUUGAUCAAAAGAACACAAGAAAAUACUCCCAAUAAAUAUCAGCCAAUACUUAUAUUUUUAACAGAUGGUCUACCGAAUGUUGGAAUGGAUUCUCGGGAUGAAAUUACCAAUACAGUAACCAAACUAAAUUCAGGUACAAGCCGUGCGCCAAUUUUUUCUCUUUCUUUUGGUUCUGAGGCGGAUAAAAAUUUCUUACAAAGGUUAUCUUCGCAAAAUUUAGGAUUGUCAAGACAUAUUUACGAGGCAGCUGACGCUUCCUUACAAUUGCAGGAUUUUUACAGUACAAUUUCGUCACCUUUAAUGAGCAAUAUUACCUUUAAAUAUAUGGAUAGUGUGUCAGAUGUGACCAACGUUCGUUAUCCAAUUCUUUUUAAAGGUUCUGAAUUAGUUGUAGCUGGAAAAACAGGAGAAAAUUCCGAUCUCUUGCCUCAGGUUUAUGGUACCUGUACUACGGGACCUAUGAUUUUUAACACUACUCUUACAGAACCUGUUAGUCCAAUAGAAAGACUUUGGGCGUAUUUGACUGUACAACAAAUUCUGAAACAAAGAGAAACAGUAGACAACAAAACUGAACUUACAAAGAAAGCACUCGAUUUGGCUUUGAAAUAUUCCUUCGUUACGUCUGUGAGUUCCUUAGUUGUAGUUAAACCAAAUCAAACAGAGGCAGUCGACAGUGAAACCGCAGCAGCAAAGUCAUCAUCAGAACCUUUUAGCUUGUCAUUACCGGGGAGCCCUAGUCACUUACCACCAGGGUCUGGACUUUUCAGAAAUCCAUAUUCAGCACGUGGGUUUGCGAGGCGUCAGAAUUCCGCUAUAUUCUACAAUAUGAGGCCGAGUUAUUCACUCGGACCGGGUUAUUCAUUCAACAACUACAUGUGGACGGAUGAUGAUGAUAUUAGUGAAUUUUCGCCGAUGUCCAGAAGAUUCGGUCCUCGUCAUCACACAGCUUCAAGUCGACGAAGACCUCCAUCUCAUCCACGAAGACGAUCUCGCAUCGGGCACACCAGGCUUUCUACAUCGACAACUACUGAUACAUCGUUGACACAGAGUGAAACCCUUCCGCAAUGGCUCGAGGAUCUCAAGAAAAAUAACCAAAGCAUUAUAACAUCCCAAGGUUCAUUCCAGCUAGGACAAAAAAGUGUAGUAACUACUCGGCCCAGCUGUCCCUCAACUCCUAAGAAUACUACUGGUAUUUGUACAAUUAUAUUUGAUUGCCCGGAAGUGUUUACGCUUCUUACAGACAUCAACGUUUACCUAAAAUACUUCUGUCCAUUGAAUAAAUACGCUGGAGUGUGUUGCCCAGUGAAAAAAGGAGCAACGCCCAGUGCAUGAUGUAAUAAUAAAAUCAGUUCUUCUCAAAAUUGCUGUUUCAGCAAUGUACCUCUUAACAAAUAAUAGACACUUAAUUAAAUACAAUUCAUUUAACAUUUGACGAAUUUAAGAAAAUGAAAACCAUGUAAAGUAAAAACAAUGGGCGAUUAUAGUGUUCACAUUAUUUGUCAAGUUUUAGUAGAUGUGCAUAUGAUUACUUGAAGGAAGAUUGCUGUUCCAACUGAACUAUUGGAUCAUUGCAUAUAGAUACCCUACUGUACAUAUAGUUCAAAAUAAUCGUCUAAAGUUAUUUAAACAGAACUUUCCUCGCUUCUAAAGUACAGUAGAACAAAUACAGCUUCUUAGAAAAAUAAUACUUACUAUUGUAUUUUGCUAUUUUUAUUCACUCUUUUUUGAUAACCCUUUAUAAUAAAGAAAUGUAUGAUACUGUA